AUGUUAUGUAAAGACCAUCUGCGCUAUACUAUUAGUCACGAAUGCAUAUGGUCGCGCCGGCUGGUCAAAUGGGAAACUGUGUCAGUGAGAACAUUUGUUAGUUGCACACACGUCACUGAUUACGUUGUUCGACACAAACACUCGUACUACAAGGUUCAAGGGGAGCCGGCCAGAUCGCCGUCUCGUUCUUUCUCUAUUUAUAGUUCCUUGACUAUUCCGAUGUUUGCGCUCAGUGCAGAAAUGUCCGGAGUCGCGAACGACCAAAAACCCGCGCGGCGACCCUCCCUGAGAGCUUCCCGCAGGAAAAGCGCUCGGGAGAGGAAAUUGCGCGCUCGCACUGCCCGUACACUGCACCUCAGUGAAAAUUCUGAUCUAACUGCGAUAGAGACAAAUUAA